AGCAGAAGAGGGAGGCGUCGGCUCGACAUUCGGCAGCUGCUUCAUGAACACCGACGGAGAUCCUGAGCACGCUGUCCUGGCGCAAAAAGGCACAAAUAUGUCAGGGAAGAGCUUUCGAGUUAGCGAUGGGGACUGGAUUUGUCCUGAUAAAAAGUGUGGAAAUGUGAACUUUGCGAGAAGAACAAGUUGCAACAGAUGUGGUAGAGAAAAAACAACAGAGGCUAAAAUGAUGAAAGCCGGAGGGACAGAAAUCGGGAAAACACUUGCUGAGAAGAGCAGAGGUCUCUUCAGUGCAAAUGACUGGCAGUGCAAGACCUGUGGCAAUGUGAAUUGGGCCAGACGAUCCGAAUGCAACAUGUGUAACACUCCAAAAUAUGCCAAGCUUGAAGAACGAACAGGUUAUGGUGGAGGUUUCAAUGAAAGGGAGAAUGUGGAAUACAUUGAAAGGGAGGAAUCUGAUGGUGAAUAUGAUGAGUUUGGAAGGAAAAAGAAAAAGUAUCGUGGAAAGAGCAGCACACAGUCUUCGUCAAAACAAAGUGAAAAGAAAGAAGAGCCUAAAGUCCAAGAAGAGGAACCAGACGAUGAGGAAGAAGAUGAUGAGGAUGGUGAUCUGUCCAAAUACAAGUUAGAUGAUGAGGAUGAUGAUGAGGACGAUGGUGACUUGUCCAAGUAUGACCUGGUUGCCAGCGAUGAAGAUGAACAGCCAGCUAAGAAAAAAGGCAGCCGCUCUGGAUCAUCCCGCUCAUCUUCACGCUCCUCCAGUUCCAGCUCUCGGUCGAGGUCCAGGUCUCGGUCUAGAAGCUCUUCGAGUUCCAGAUCUGGAUCUCACUCGAGGUCUCGCUCCAGAUCCAGCUCCGGGUCUGGCAAGGGCUCCUCUCCACGGAAGAGGUCCCGAUCGGCUUCCUCCUCACCCGAGGGGGGACAGAAGCGCAGCCGCUCCAGGUCCUCAUCUGGCGGGAGAAAAAGGAGGCGCUCUAGAUCCCAUUCGUCCGAAAGGUUUGGGUUUCUGUGGAAUACCACAAUGGCACUGAUAGUUAUCAGCCAUUUGUUGGCUUUCUUUUUGGGAGUUAUGUAAAAGGAAUUAAAUGCAAUUUGAAGUUUUGCCUUUUGAUUGCCCUGGUGACCUUACUUCAUGGAUACAUGUCUGUUUGCAGUAAAGCCCGCUGACCUUGUUGUUCUUCCCAUGAUGCUUGUGUGAUUGCAGGCACAGCGGCCAUUCAUCCGGAUCCUCCCAUUCUGGCUCCAGUUCAAAAAAGAAAUGAGUUUCUUUAGAACCAAAAAAGGAAUCUUGGUGGAAGUGCAUGUUGUGUUGCAGAAAUCCUCUAUAAAGUCUUACCGCCCUCCAGAAACAGAGGCAACUUGAUUUUUCUCCCCCAUCGUUAUCCGCAUUUCUCCCAAUUCAGAUCACACAUCACAAGUGUUUGUGUCAAAGGGUGUCAAAUAAACAUGUCUGUUUCUUAAAAAGAUGAACUAAAAAAAAGUCAAAUAUACUGUGUGCACUCACUCCUGCUAGAAUACUUCUGCAGGGCUGUGUAUUCAGAUUACUUUUUUAAAAGAAAAAUUUAAACAGCUGAAAUAUCAAUUUAGAAUAGGAAUAUGUUUUGACCUUUUUAUAUUGUUUUUUUUUCUUCAAGGUAAGUAUUUUAAUUUUGAAUAACUUAAUAGCACAAGGUUCUUUACUUUACCUUCUUCAUACUCAAGUGUACUUUAUUUCUAAAUUUGUGGCCUAUAUUAACACUUCUUAAAGUUUUUGUCACUUGGAAAAAAGUUUUUUUUUUUAGUUGCUAAAGAUCAGGAGUAAGAAAAUUGACACCUAUGUUAGAAAUGUGACACUGCAAUUCAUCAAAUGGCUAAAAUGUACCCAUGUAAAUAAACUGUCAGUGUUG